AUGUCCCGCCCUCUCGCGCGCCUCGGCUUGACGGCGCCGCGUCUCGCCGCCCGCGCCUCGACUGUUACGCCGAUGGGCGCCCGCGCCUUCUCCGCCUCGACGGCCCGCCGCAUGGCCGCCCCGCAAGAGAAGAACGAGUACAGCAACGGCCCCUCGGCUAUUGACAAGGCUGCGCAGAUGUUCUUCUUCACUGAGAUUGUUCGUGGUGGAUGGAUCGUGCUCGAGCAGUUCUUCCGUGACCCCUACACGAUCAUGUACCCGUUCGAGAAGGGCCCGCUGUCGCCCCGUUUCCGUGGCGAGCACGCCCUCCGCCGAUACCCUAACGGCGAGGAGCGUUGUAUUGCCUCCGGCAUCGCUAACACUUUAGCCUGCAAGCUCUGCGAGGCCAUCUGUCCCGCGCAGGCGAUCACGAUCGAGUCCGAGGCGCGCCUGGACGGCUCGCGCCGCACGACCAAGUACGACAUUGACAUGACCAAGUGCAUCUACUGCGGCUUCUGCCAGGAGGCGUGCCCCGUCGACGCGAUUGUCGAGACGCAGAACUACGAGUACGCGACCGAGACGCGCGAGGAGCUCCUGUACAACAAGGAGAAGCUGCUGUCCAACGGCGACAAGGCCGAGGCCGAGAUUGCGGCAAACCUCCAGUCGGACCACUUCUACAGGUAG